AUGAAUAGCCAUGUCACUACCAACGGAUCUGCGCGUACCUCCAGAAUCUAUUCAUAUGGAUUUAAAGAAGAGAGCCCGUGGAGUAAAACCCCACAUCUAUUGGAUCCAUUUAAGGAGAAAGUGAGAUCAUGGAAAGAGCACGUGCAUUAUGUGGAAAUAGCCAGCGAGUUGUGUGAAAUCGGUCUCUCCGAUCCGGGUCUCCAUAAAUUCCUGGCAAACCAAAAGUACGACAUUGGAAUCGCCACGGAAUACGAUUACUGUGGUUUUGCAUUAAUGCAAUUCUACAGUAUCCCGUCUAUCGUAUCGGUCAGCUCAAUGGCAAUACUGGAUCAGCAGAGUAUUGGAGCAGGAAUGCCUAACUCGGCAGCGGUCACUCAAGCUUUUUGGCAAACUAAAGAUCAAGCCAAACUGACGUCUCCACGCGGAGUUACGAGAGGUGGCGAGAAGGUGAGAGAGCGCAGACGACGAGAGUGUCUCGACGUCUGCACCCUCCACACUCUCGCCGAUGCUUCACUCUUCGAGCCUGAGGACCUCUCCACGUGGCUCGGCAAACUCAAAAACCUAAUCAACUGGACUCACAUCAAUUUCAUCGUCUACCCCUAUUGCCGUCGCAUCCAAUCAAAAUCAAUCAAUAAAUAUUUGGGAGAUCAAAUCGAUCCCGAAAAUUUGAUGGAAUCAAUCGAUAUUCAAUUCCUGAAUUCCAAUGAAUUGAUCGAGUUGCCACGUGUCGUCACACCGAAAAUCAAAUUUAUCGGAGGCAUCAAUUUGAGGAAAAGUAAAGGGAUUCUGGCGGAUGACGUCGAGAAGUUGAUCUCCGGAGGGGGCGGAGUCAAGGAGGGCAUCGUCGUGUUCUGUUUUGGAACGCAGGUCGCCUCCAACCUCUUCCCAAUCGAGGUCCGCCAUGCCUUCGCCGCCGCAUUUCGUCAGUUUCCCGAGUUUACUUUUGUUUGGAAAUACGAACUCCAGGAGGGAGACCAACAGAUCUUCGCGAAUACCACGAAUUUGAAGUUUUUGAAAUGGUUGCCGCAGACGGAUUUGUUGAACGAUCCUCGCACCCGUGCGUUCAUCUCCCACACCGGACUGAAUUCGUAUCUGGAAUCUUCGUACGCGGGUGUCCCAAUCCUUGCGAUUCCUUUGUUUGCCGAUCAACCACAUAAUGCAAAAAGUGGAGAAUCGAUUGGAACAACAUAUGUGUUGGAUAAGACACAACUCACGACACACAAUAUUGUCAAGGGAUUGAAAGCAGUGUUGUAUGAUACGAGUUACCUCCACAACGCGAAAAGAAUCUCUAAAAUGCUCAAAGACCGUCCGAAUCCACCGAAAUCGAUAUUCGUCGAGUGGGUCGAAUUCGCCGCCCGUAAUCCGCUCCUUCAUCGGAAUCUGAAUCUUCCCGGCCAAAAGAUGACCGUCAUCGAAUAUUAUUGCAUUGAUUUGAUACUUUUUUGUGUUGGUUUUGUAGUAUUUGUAGUUUUUGUAGUUUGGAGAGGAAUCGGGUUGAUGGGAAGGGGCUUGAGGGGUUUGGUGGUAAAGAAGAAGAAAAUUGAAUAA